ACACACGCACAUAUACACACAUCUUGCUCAGCUAGCUGUAACCGGCUAGCGAGUCUGUCGUCGAGUUGACACCCUCCCCAAACCUCGGCAGCAGCUAAGCUGCACAGUCGACAUGGCAAGAAAAUAUCGCAACAGUUUCCUAAAGAAAGAUGAAAAACUUCCAAGUCUUUUGGAAUAAUAUUCAUCACGCGAUGUGAUCCAAAAUCCACAAUGUGUGAGGACAUUUAAGAACGAUUGAGUUCGGAAGAAAAAAAAAUUUGAUUCCAGUGGAAUCUUCCAUAUAUAUAUAUAAUUAUUAUAUUUUUUCUCUGUGUUAAAGCUUACAUACAUUUAUACACACCCAUCCCAUCAACAUAUAACCAUGCCAGUGCAAGCACCACAAUGGACAGAGUUCCUGCUGUGCCCAAUCUGCACACAGACAUUUGAAGAGACUGUUCGCCGGCCCAUCAGCUUGGGCUGUGGACAUACUGUCUGCAAGAUGUGCCUGAACAAGUUGCACCGUAAGGCCUGUCCCUUUGACCAGACAGCAAUCAGCACAGACAUCGAGCAGCUACCUGUCAACACAGCCCUGUUGCAGCUAGUGGGAGGCCAGGUUCCUAAGGCUCAGCCAGUUGCUUUGAUAACCAGUCCUGAGGACUCGCAGCAUUAUGAGGAAGCCAGGCAGUGUGUGGAGGAACUGGCUCUCUACCUCAAACCCCUCAGCAACACCCGGGGUGUGGGUUUGAGCAGUACAGCCCAGAGCAUGCUUAGUCGACCCAUGCAGAGGAAACUGGUAACUCUGGUCCACUGCCAGCUGGUGGAAGAAGAGGGCCGUGUUAGAGCCAUGAGAGCUGCCCGCUCUCUGGGUGAGCGAACUGUCACCGAGCUCAUCUUGCAGCACCAGAAUCCACAGCAGCUCUCUUCCAAUCUGUGGGCUGCUGUCCGUGCACGAGGAUGUCAGUUUCUUGGCCCAGCAAUGCAAGAGGAAGCUCUGAAGUUGGUCCUCCUUGCUCUAGAGGAUGGUUCUGCUCUGUCCAGGAAAGUUUUGGUUCUCUUUGUAGUUCAGAGGCUUGAGCCACGCUUUCCACAGGCCUCUAAAACUAGCAUAGGCCAUGUGGUACAGCUCCUCUACAGGGCCUCCUGCUUUAAGGUCACCAAACGUGAUGAAGAUUCAUCCCUGAUGCAGCUGAAAGAGGAGUUCCGUACUUACGAGGCUCUGCGACGUGAGCAUGACUCUCAGAUUGUUCAGAUUGCCAUGGAGGGUGGACUGCGCAUUGCACCUGACCAGUGGUCUUCUCUGUUGUAUGGAGAUCAAUCUCACAAGUCACACAUGCAGUCUAUCAUCGAUAAGCUGCAGACCCCAGCAUCUUUUGCUCAGAGUGUCCAGGAGCUGACGAUUGCACUGCAAAGGACCGGAGACCCAGCCAACCUCAACAGGCUGCGGCCUCACCUGGAGCUAUUGGCCAACAUUGAUCCCAGUCCUGAUGCUCCUCCACCUACAUGGGAGCAGCUUGAGAAGGGUUUGGUAGCAGUGAAAACAGUGGUACAUGGCCUGGUGGACUUCAUUCAGAAUCAUAGCAAGAAAGGAGCGGAUCCUCAACAGCCUCCUCAGCACAGCAAGUACAAGACAUAUAUGUGUCGCGACAUGAAACAGAAGGGAGGCUGUCCACGUGGAGCCAGCUGCACCUUUGCUCACUCUCAGGAAGAACUGGAGAAAUAUCGUAAGAUGAAUAAGCGUCUUGCAGCUCGUAUCCCCGGUGCAGGAGGGCUCUUGUCAGAUGAGGGCCUUCCUCUUGAUGUAGCAGUGACCCGAAAGCCUUCACCCCUCACCAAUGGGAACGUUGCACCCUCUUUGCCCCAGCUCAUUGCUCGUGGCACAGAUACAGUCUCAUACGAACUAUUGCGCAAACCUGUCAAGAUGGAUGGAGGGAAUCCCAGUGCCCCAGGAUCACCACCUGAUGUCCUGGACCCUGUGCCCAAACCCGGUAUGCCUCUGCCACCUCAUGCCAUGGCCCACUCAAGGAUUGCAACAGAUCACCUUUCUGGAGUGAAGCACAUGCCUGUGGUAGCUAGAGGUUCACCAGUGUACCCCCAGCCUCAACUCUCUGAGAUGUGCUAUGACACUCGCCCACCACCUUCUGCCUCUCAGUAUGAGCCCCCACAGUACCCUACAGGGUACCCCUACCAACAGCCACCACAGUAUGUUCCUCGGGAUUACAUCCGUAACGCUCCUCCCCCCAGUGAGUCAGGACCCCCUUACCAGGACCCUUACUCUGGCUAUGGCCCUCCUGAGCGUCCUUACCAGGCCCCUCACUCUGGCCCACCCUUCUCCUAUCCUCACCCUCCACACUAUGACAGAAGUCGCCAUGGGACCUACGCUGGCCCACCACCUCCCCCACAGCCUUACCCUCAGAGGGAUGGCUUGGUUAGAAUGAGUCCAGCACCUUUGGAUGUUCCCCCACCAUCAGCAGCACAGGCUAACUCACUGUACCACCAGGAGCCCAGUUCCCGGGAUAGAUACCCACCAGAUGCUUACUAUCAACCAGGUGCCCAGCCUCCACCUAUGAGGACUUAUGUCAGGGGGGGGCCAUCAUAUAGUGGUUCACAGCCCAGCCUGGACUACCUGCACCGCCGUCGGCAGGAGCUGUUAUCCCAGCUAGAGGAGAGGAAGGUUAUUUCCCCUCCACCGUUUGCUGCGUCACCCACUCUUUCACAUCCCUUCCCCAGUGAUUACCCUCCUGAGUAUGGUGAGGAGAGCUCCAAAACUAUAGUUAAAUGCAGAGAGCCAGACUAUGCAGGACAAUACUCUCCCUGGUCUUGUGAAACUAUCGGCUCGUACAUUGGCACAAAGGAUGCCAAACCCAAAGAUGUUAUGGUUCCUGGUGCCAUGGAGAUGAUGAAUGUGGAGGCUAAAGGUCUGAGGGAACCAUCAUUGGAGGCCCCUCGGAGGGGUGCAGAAGUAAAGGAUGAUGACCCUAUUAUUCCGUUUGGUCCCCAGCCUACUGUGUCACGCUUUGGUGCCAUUUCCCGCACUUCAAAAACAGGCUACCAGACCACUGGUCCUGUGCAGGCUAUGGCAGCCACUCCCCCGAACCCCAACUCUAAACACAUGGCCAUGCCAGAGUACACAUAUGGAAGCCAUGGAGGAUGGGGUGGAGCUUCAUACCCCUCCCACCAGACUGCCUCCUCCUCUCAGGGACACUUCACUGAGCGCCUGCCUAUGGCCGCCUCAGACAGAGAACAGUUAAAGAUUGAGCUGCAGCAAGUCAACCAGCAGAUCACUCAACAGACCCAGAUGCACAGCAUGGAGGCUGCCAGUAACUCUUUACUCCUGCAGAGGGAGGCCAGUGCAUUGGCAGGUCAGCCUGUGCAGUCCAGCCAGGGCCAGGCAGCAGUAGCCUCGCAACAGCCCAAGUGGCCAGCAGGGGGAGCAAGUGCAACAGCUGUCUCCAGUGAACAGCUGAGCCUGGAGCUCCACCAGGUGGAGAGAGAGAUUGGCAAGAGGACCCGUGAGAUGGCUAUGGAAAACCAAGUAGCUCAUGAUGUGCAGCAGUACAAGAUGAAACCUGCAGAGAAUGGACAGCCAGAGCACAAGACUCAGCUAGAAGAGAUCUCCCUGGCUCUUGGCGAGGUGUCAAAUGGCUCCAGCAGUCUGCAAGAAAGUGCAGUGGGCGGGUCCAUGCUGUCACUGACGAAUAAGACGUCUGCGCUGGGCCUGUGUUCUGACCCAGGUGCCACUGGUUCAGAAAUGCAGAAGAAUGGCGUUGUCCAUUCCUGCUCUUAGGAAGUACACACUUACACACACCUGCGCGCCCGCGUACACACACAUAUACAUGCACGCAAACACAUAAAAACACACACACACAGGAUGCUCAGUUGAAAAGCAUGCACAGGCACACAUACACCCAUUCUAUUUAGAAGAUGAGCAGUAUCUGCCGUGAUGAAUUUUCUUUCUUUUUGUUCUGUGAAUGAGCUUUUUUUAAUGACUUUCCUUGCCUGGAAACCAGGGCAUAUGAUAACAUUUCUUGUGCGUGUUAUUUUAAUUUUUUUUGUACUGGUAUUAGAUUAACAAGGCUCACAAUAGAUAUAUCAGGAGGAUAAAAUGGUGGUGAUGUUGACAGUGUUAUUAUAACUUGAUUCAAAAAAGGAUAGACGCAUUCCAUCCUCAGUAAAAGUAUGAGCAAGUAUUUGAUUCUCCCUUUUAUAAGACUCUUGGUUUAGUUCUAUAAGCAUACAUGUAAUAGAGCAGUUGGAGCUGAUUAGCAAGUACAGUUACAUCACAGACACUCUGAUAACUUCUAUUAGGAUCUCUGAUUUAUGAGGGUAAUGUAGGAAACAGCAGAAGUGUGUCGCUUGGUACUCACCCCCAAAAUCGUAAAAAAGAAAAAAAAGAGGUUGCCCAGAUUUAGAUGUCUGAGGAGGGAAAAACCGUGCAAUCUUUAGCCAAAAUGAUCACGCAAGGUGUUGAGAAAUGAGGUGUUGCAGCACAUGCACUUCCUCACCUAUCACAAGAAAUAUGAUUUUUAAUUAUUGCAUUUUCUGAACACGUCACAUGUCUGUUUCAUACUUGAAAGCAGUAUAUUAUAUAUUUAAUUGGAGCAUUCUGUUUUAAAGAUUGCAACAAGUCUUUUUGAUAAUGAGCUUUCCAUGUUUUCUAUAAGGGAAUCUACUAUGUGCUACUCUGGGUUGUGAUGUGACCCUGAUGUGGUUUUGUUGCGAUGCCUUUUGCCUGUGCUCCUUAAUGUGCUGCAUUCAGUACCGAGCCAAUUGUUAUGAAAUUUUUCAACAUUCACAAAAGAGGGUAGAUUUUUUUUUUUGUUGUUGUUUUGUGUUUUUUGGGGGGAUGAUGGGUGAAUGCACCUUAACCGGCUGAGAGAGAGAGAGAGUACAUGUUUCUGCUUCAGGAGUCAGGUGAAUACGUGUACACUUGACUUUAUGACAUCAGGGCAAAUAAAGAUUUCCCUCCUCAGAGCUUCUCAUCUGGCCACACAAAAGGCCUCCCCAUUGGGAUUAUCUUGUCAUUUGUUCUCCUAACUUCUAUGAAGUUGCCUUCCCUUGUGUCUUUUUUGUUUGAUUCUGUUUUAUUUUUUCUUGCUUUACAUUGUUACGAUUUUGGGCGGUGAAGCUUACCUUGUGAAGGCUUUGUAGCCCUUAGUGGAUGACUUGCCCUCCUCUUUUUCACGAGAUGGUUGAAUUAUGUGCAGAAGCCAGGUUUAACAUUUGUAGUAGAAGGGUUACUGUUGUAGUGUUUUCAGCUACACAGUCAAUUUGAAACUGUUUACAGCAGAAGACAGCAGUAUUAAUUCCUGAGGAGUAAACAAAGCAAGCUUUCAAAAACACCUCUCCUUGAAUCAUAUUCGUUAUGUUCAUUUAUAUUGCAUUGAGUAUAUUUAAGCAUCUUUAUUGAUGCCUGGUACAAUAUUCAUUUCUGUUCACUGUUAUGUUCAUAACUUGCUGUCAUCAUCACCAUCAUUACUACUGUUAUUGCUCUUUCUCCAUCAUAUAAAUUGUUUACUGCUGAUGCUCCUGGAGCUCUUUGCCUUCUGUAAACAAUUAGCAUGAUUGGCAACGGUUUAACAGCGCUGCUGAGAGCGAGUGAGUCCUUGUGCUUGAACGGUUGAAGGAUAGAGGAGACGCUCUGGGUCAAGUUGUUUUAGUUCAAUGUUGAGCCUUGGUUUUGGUCAGACGAGGUGUACUAAGAAACUGACAGUUGAUAACUGAUGAGUCACUGAACGGCACAAAUGUUUUUGUGUCCGACACCCUCUGAAUAGUUUGAUGUGCAUCUCUUCCAGCUUGUCAGCGCCACGAUAGUGAAUGCUAAUUUGGAUUUGUCCCCCCCCCCCAACCCACACUUAAGGCCUUUGGCUGCUCCUUGCUACAUUUAUUGUUUAGGUACACAGCUCACUUAUACAUAUGAGUAUGUAUACAUACAUUAAUAUACUAAAGCACUAUUAACGUGCCACCUCUUAUUCUACUCGCUCAGCAUUUAUAUUAAAUGAUCUCUACUUAGAAUCAGCAAAAUGUUUUUUUUUUUAUUUGUUCUCUGUCCACUGGUUGCCAACACAGACUUUAUCCUUUCCCAGACGAAGGACUUCUGUGUGCAUUGAUGUGUGUUCACUUAAUCUUUUGUGUUCAAACAAAGAUGUUCUUUAUAGACUAUGCUUCCGAAGAAGACAAAAUCUGUAACUUUGGAAAAUUUAUGGAGAUGUUUUGUGUGUGCUAGAUUGUAUUGUAGAAAAUGUACCCUGACUAAGUUUAUUUUUUUUCUUUUCCUCUCCCUCAAAGUGUGCUGUACUGGGUGGUAGUGUUCAGGUAUUAGAAAAGUGUUGGGGGUUUUUGCCCACUAUUGCCCCCGAAGAAUUGGCAGGAAGUCUCUGAUGAAAGGUUAGCCUUAAAUCCUCUUGUAAUGCUCCUUUACAUUGUCUGUUUUCGGAGCAGGAAAUGUUUUCGGAGCAGGAAAUGAUCUCAAAAAAGAAAAAAAACAACAACUAAUUAACACUGAAUUGGCAUGAUUUAGUGUCAGACAGAUGGACUCUAGCGGACUCCACCCCUUGACACCCUUUUAAAACUGUCAUAUAAAACGGCAACAAUGCAAUAAUGCAAAUCUCUGAAGAUUUGAGUUAAAAAUGUAUAUUUUUAUUUUUUAAAGGUAAUGUUGUUGACCUAGCUGGGUUUGUAGUUUUUGCUUUCCUUUUUUUUGUUUCUGCAGUAGUUGAGUGAAUUUACUGACCUGCAAGUCUUAGUCUUUGAUGCAUCAUCUGACCUGAUGUGUAGUCAACAGCUUUAAGCGUAUCAAAGUGACUUUCACACAAGUAUUUUUUCUUCUUUCACAACUAUUUACAAGAAUUUGGCCCGCCAGCUAAGAAAUUCAGUAUAAAGUUAAAAAGAGGGAAUGAUGAUUUAGCCAUAAAUUGACAACAUUUGAUGAUGUUAAUUCAAUAUGUUGUUUUUCACUCUUCUAAAUGCAAGACAACCAAAACUACCACAAUGCUGAUUCUACCUGAUAGGUCACUGCAGGACUGAAUGAGCCUAAAACGCCUUUAGCUUAGCAGAACUGGCAUACAAUGACGUAUGUGGUGGUUUACUAUAUAGUGAAUAGCAUAUAUGUUGAUUUCAAUCUCCUGUGUGUUUUGUUUCUGAGUGGAACUGCUGCCUAUACCCCUCAUUUAACCAGUUAAUAUCUCCACUCCCACCCUUGACCACUGAACUCUGUUACUGCUGUUUGAGGCUCACAUUUUAUUCCCGGACUUUCUGGGGAAAUUCGCAAAUGGAUUUUUUAUAUGAUUACUCCCUUGUAAAAUAUCUCUUAAAUUAAGGUACAGGUUUGAUUUCAGCAAGAAAAAAAGUUUUUAUAUGUAUAUUAUACUCCAUUAAGGAAUGUCUAGAAUUAUCUUCCUCCAAUGUGGAUGUAGCCAUUAUUACGCCAUUUUAUGACUUUGUAAGAGAAUUCACUGUGUGAAAAUUGGUUUGCAUUUUUGUAUAAUACAAUCUGCUUUUUUUUUGUUUGAUACGAGAGGGAGGUCAAACUGGAAGUUUGAAGAGAGGGAAAAAAAGUACCUGUGAAAUUGAGAAAACAAAACGUAACUUAUGUACAACAGUGAUUCUAAGCUGAGGGGGAAAGAUUAAAUGAUAUUGCUAACUCCGAA